AAGAAGACAAUACUACACAUCAUGGUUAACAUACUGUGUAGUUGGGCAGCGUGCAUAUUUUGGACCAUGCCAAAAAGAGCGCUGUGUAGAGGGAGGUGUACUGGAGGGAUCAACGAGAUGCUCGUCCACAUCCUCACAGAGCAGCUGGUUACAUCUUCCUAGAUUUCAUCCUCCAAGUUCAGCCUGUUUUGCGCGUUUCCGAGUGGAUGUGAGCCGUGCGCUUUCUAAAGGAGGAUGACUGCCGCACUUUGCCCUCUCCCCGGCUGCGUGGCGUUGCUCAGGAUUGUUUUGCUGUGCUUCUCGUUGCAUCGUGUUGUCGAUGCUCUUCCGGAGUCCGCGGGUCUCUCGCCACCUGUCAACGGGUCGGGCUUCGCACCUGUCCGGAACACCGGCGGUUUCGUGCGCUCCAUCGAUCGGCUGUAUCACGCCGGUGGGAGAGUGGGCUACCUCGUGUAUUUGGACGAUCAGCGAUUUCAGAUCGACCUGGAGCGGGAUGAAUCAGUGACAUCGCCUGAUUUUGGCGCUCCGUCCAGCGCGACCGUGCGCGGCGCGGGCACCAUGCGGCGUGGCUGCUUGUAUCGAGGAACGGUGAACGCCAAUCCGGAGUCGUUAGCGGUGUUCAACACGUGCAAGGGAGGACUGAACGGGGUUUUCGCCGUGAACCGUGACCGCUACAGGAUCAGGCCGGUUGCGCACGGCGCGGAGCACAAGAACGACGCAGAACGCGCGCCGCACUAUUACAAACGGGAAAGCUUUCGCUUCGAGGCAGUGACGGAGCACGAAAGCUGCGGAACGCGCGACCGAAGAAGGCGGCACGGCGGUGCGCGGAAGCACCGAGGGCUCGGUCAUGCGUUAGGGCGCGUCGGUGACGAGGCGCGCGGCAGGAGGCUUUGGGCGAAGGCGCGCCACCGGAGAUCGGUGUCGCGCGCGCGGCACGUGGAGCUGCUGCUGGUGGCGGACGCCUCCAUGGCCAAGAAAUAUGGCACCGAUUUGCAACACUACCUGCUUACCCUGGCGUCGAUCGCCUCGCGGCUGUACGGCCACGCCAGCAUCGAGAACCCGAUCCGUCUUUCUGUGGUAAAGGUCACGGUAUUGACAGAGAACGAGAAAGGGCUCGAUGUAUCUAAGAACGCUGCUGCAACGCUUAAGAGCUUCUGUAAGUGGCAGAAUCAGCAAAACCCACUGGAUGAUGAUGAUCAUCACCAUCACGACGCGGCCAUUCUCUUCACCAGGCAGGACCUGUGCGGACAUCACUCGUGCGAUACUCUGGGCAUGGCUGAUGUGGGCACGGUUUGCUCUCCAGAGAGGAGCUGUGCUGUGAUAGAAGAUGAUGGCCUGCAUGCUGCUUUCACUGUUGCACAUGAAAUUGGGCAUCUUUUAGGGUUGUCACAUGAUGACUCAAAGUUCUGUGAGGAGAAAUUUGGCUCCACGGAGGACAAGAGACUCAUGUCUUCUAUCCUGACCUCCAUUGACGCCUCCAAACCUUGGAGCCGCUGCACCUCAGCCACUAUCACUGACUUCUUUGAUGAUGGAAAUGCAGAGUGUUUGUUGGACAUGCCACAUAAUCCUUUGCUUGGUCCUGAAGAACUUCCUGGUCAGAGCUAUGACGCAGAGCGCCAGUGCCAGCUUGCCUUCGGGCCUGAGUACAAUGUGUGCCCAGGCAUGGAUGUGUGUGCUCGUCUGUGGUGUGCUGUAAUCAGGAAGGGCCAGAUGGUGUGUCUAACCAAGAAGCUGCCAGCGGCCGAGGGCACGCAGUGCAGCAAAGGAAGGAUAUGCCUGCAUGGGAAGUGUGUGGACAAGACCCGCAAGAGGCACUAUUCGGUCUCUAACCAUGGUAGCUGGAGCUCCUGGGGGCAAUGGGGUUCAUGCUCUCGGACAUGCGGAGGUGGAGUGCAGUUCACACAGCGUCUGUGCAACAACCCCCCUCCUCGCAACAGUGGACGAUACUGCACAGGAAAGAGAGCCAUCUACAGGUCCUGUAACGUUACUCCAUGCCCUGCGCAACAUAAGAAUUUUAGGCAGGAACAGUGUGCCGCGAGAAAUGGGCCUCAGACAGACCCUAAAGGUGUGAAGACCUUUGUCGAGUGGGUGCCCAAGUAUGCUGGUGUUCUGCCAAAGGAUGUGUGCAAGUUAACCUGUAGGGCCAAAGGCACAGGGUACUACGUGGUGUUCUCACAGAGGGUGAUAGACGGGACGGAGUGUAGGCCCUACAGUAGCUCAGUGUGUGUGAAAGGGAAGUGUGUGCGCACUGGCUGUGACGGAAUAAUAGGCUCCAAGCUGCAUUAUGACAAAUGUGGCAUCUGUGGUGGUGAUGGCACAGGCUGCGUAAGAGUCGCUGGCAACUUCACCAAGAAGAGUAAAGGAUAUACAGAUGUUGUGAAGAUACCAGAGGGUUCGACUCACGUUAAAGUCCGUCAGUACAAGCCAAAAGGUCAGACUCACUUUACCGCCUACCUAGCCCUACGUCGACCAAGUGGAGAGUACCUUCUUAAUGGCAAGUUCAUGAUCUCAACUUCAGAGACAAUAAUCCCUUUGAAUGGCACCAUGCUCAACUACAGCGGCUGGAGCCAACACGAUGAGGGUCUUCACACCACAGGACCUGGGGCUCUCCAAGAGAGCCUUGUAGUGCAAGUACUAGCAACUGACCCAAAGAAGCCUCUAGACAUACGUUACAGCUUCUUUCUGCCUCGCAAAAUGCCUCUUCCACCUCGGACGGCCUUGGUGUUUUCUGCAACACCUGCAGCUUUGUCCUCUGAUGAGGUCUUAACCAUGACCACAAAGGUUAUUCCCACAACAGAACCUUCAUCAACGACCCCACCUGGGCCACGGUGGGUGACAGGCCCAUGGAUGUCCUGUUCGAGAACUUGUCACACAGGCUGGCAAAGUCGUACAGUCCAGUGCAAGGACCCAUACGGAAAGCUAGCUAAGGGAUGUCCUCUAGUGGACAGACCUUCAGCAUUUAAACACUGUCUGGUUAAAAAGUGCUGAGAAUUCCUAAUGGAAAUCUAAUUGGAAAAACUUGUGCACAUGAAUGCGUGCUUCUCCUUUCUGGUCUGCGGUAAAAGGUCUCAAGAGGAGACAGACAGACAAACUGGAGCACACAGUGUCUUAUAGAGCAGAACAGUUCGAAGUUCUAAUGCUCUUUUAAGCGCCUGAACGUUAUCACUGUGGAACUGAAUUUUUUUAACAAUAUGACCCUGGACAAAGUAGUGGCUGUCCUGGCCUCUGAUGCAGUCACAUCAAUUGCUGUCUGGACUCACUAAAGAUUCAACAGUAUGUAGCCACUCUUCUAAUGUAAACCACAAUCUUUUUUGUCCAGUCAUCCUUCUAUGUGGCUUAGUGCAUUUCAUCUCAUUAACUUCAAGUUUAAACUGUAAACCAGAGAAAUCAGUAGACAUUAAUUUCGAGUUCAGCAAAAGAACUGCAAGUGAAUGGAGGUUUUUUUUUUUUUUUGCAUGAUUGGACUAUACUAAAGACUUCUCUGGCUUUGGACUGACUUUUGGAACUUUUGGAAACAUGCCCAAUGGUUUCUGGGUGUACACCAUGUUCCAGUACAUUUUCACUUACUUAAUGCACGUACCACCAAAUUUGAACUAUAGUUCAAAUACAGUACAGUGUGAGCUCAGCUAUGUCUCUGUUGCUAAUUCUCUGGUUAACAGUUGUCAGUGUUUUUUUUAAUGUUUGCUGGAUUCCUGCUGAAAAAGGAAUGGACUGAAAAAAAAGAAUAUACUUUUCUUGAACGUGUUAAUUUAACACAUUUUCCUUAAGAACAUGCGUAAACAUUUACAGCAAUAAUGGUGGACGUGUAUGAUGAUGUGAAAAAGCAAGCAUUCAUACUAAACAGGCAAAAACAUUUCUUACAUCAUUUCUUAGACAUGUGAUCUGUCGUAAUACAGUCAUCACGUAAAAAUACACUCAAAAAAGUGAUCCUGACCAAUAUCAAAUAGAACUUAAUAUAAACAUGUCAAUUCAGCAUAAUAAAGGUUUGUGAGAUUUUUGAAAUAGUCAGUUCAAACAAUUAGAAAAUACUUACGCAUUGUCAAAUUAAGCAAAUUGAAGAUAACUCAAGUUGUUAAGUUUAUAAACCACCUAAAACUUAAAUGCACCAUGGUAUCGAUUCUACAAAUGAACAUACUUAAAAUGUUCUUGUUUUAAUGAUAUAGUGGAGAGCGCUAUCUAACACAUAGGUCCAUAUCUCCUACAGUUGUGUAUUUGGGUUAAGUUGUGGUGUCUGUUAAGGCCAUAGCAAAUGAUUUUAGCUAUAAUAAAACAUUCAGUGAGCCCUCAUGCCCAGUGGAUUAGGGGAACAUGCCCUGGAAAGAGACCAUUUUCAAUAGGAUGGAAAUGUUUCCAAGUAGGAUUAAGUAGGUCAAUCAGAAGAACUUUGUAUGAAUUUGCAAUGGAUGAAACCCAUGCCAUAAAUGUAGCUGCAUAACAGUGCCACCAUUCAUUUUUCCUUUCUUUCCAUUGUCAUCUGUUUGUAUUUAGGCAACCCAGUGCAAAAACAUACGAGAGAACAUAUUAAUUUGUACUAUAAUAUCUGUUUGAUAAAACCAAUCAUGGAGACCACUGAUUAAUAUUAACAUUAGCAUUCUGUUCUCUGUUCAAUUUUUAUUGGCUGAUACAAAUGCACACCGUUUUAUAUUGAAUAUAGGGCAAUUAUCUUGAAAGUAUACUAGACUAACACUAAGUCGUAGUCUUACUUGGUGCAACUAGAUAACCAAUACACACAAUUUUGGACUUACAAAGUUGAAAUAUUACUACUAAUAAAAGAGUAGACAAUACUUUAACCUCAGCUAACAAUUUGCUUGGUCAUUUUUAAGUGAAACCGAAGUGUUAGCAACCGCUUUUACAGUGAUAACAUGCUUGCCUUCAAAUUGAGAGCUAAGGAUUUAAAAGUGAUGGUGCCCUUGUAUUUCUUUUAGCCUUGAAUAUUAUGUUUAUUCAAAUGAAUUGACAGGAGAUCAUGUUGUUAAUGUAUAAUCUAGUAAAUUCCGACAAUAGCACAGUUACGUUGGGACUGCUUAAAAAAAAACCAUGCAAAUUGUUAGUGUCUAACAUCUACUUCACAUUAUUGUUUGUUGUAUGCUUUCGAAUGCAUUCGUAUUUACUGUAGGACAAAAGAGGAAUUGUUUCAAAAUUGUUUAAAAUUCAUGUCAUGCCAGACACUUGUCUACUCAAGCGGAAAUUUCAGUUGGCUCCAAACUCUGGGGCCCUGAGAUUUAAGCUCUGUUUUUUAUAUACAUGCAGUACUGUCUGAUUAUCGCCAUGGGAAAAUGCCUUUCCUGAAUGACAAAAACACAGCACUGAAAUCAUAAUUUAUUGUGUGUUUAACUGGUAUGUAAAAAAAAAUUGAUGAAUUUAUUUAUUUGUUAUUAUGUUGUAUUUGACAAGGAAUAUGAAUAUUAUAUGACUAAGCAGAGUAUUUCCUUUUUUACAUGUUUUUGUUUGUCAUCUCUAGAAUAUGUAUAUAAAAUCUCUAUAUUUAA